GAAGGUCUGCGUAACAUAACGAUGGAUUCCAGCUCCAUGGGGAUGCCAAUAUCUGACCCCAGUGCCUGGGCCACAGCGAUGAACAACCUUGGUAUGGCACCUAUGAGCAUGACUGGCCAGCCCCUCAUGUCAGAUUCCAUCUGUACUCCAGAUUUUGACCCAAGCCUUGGCAUGAUGACGGGUAUCGCACCUAUGAAUCCCAUGAUGCCCGGUCUUGGUAUUGUGCCUCCUCCCAUAUCCCAGGACAUGCCUAUCGUCAAGGAGAUCAUCCACUGCAAGAGCUGCACCCUGUUUCCCCCCAACCCCAAUCUUCCUCCUCCUGCCACCAGAGAGAGACCUCCAGGCUGUAAGACAGUGUUUGUGGGUGGUUUGCCUGAGAACGCUACGGAGCAAAUCAUCGUGGAGGUGUUCGAGCAGUGCGGCAAAAUCAUUGCUAUCCGCAAGAGCAAGAAGAACUUCUGUCAUAUCCGCUUUGCUGAAGAGCACACAGUGGAUAAGGCCCUUUUCCUCUCUGGCUAUCGAAUCAGACUCGGUUCCAGCACAGAUAAAAAGGACACAGGUCGGCUACACGUGGACUUUGCUCAGGCCAGAGAUGACUUGUAUGAGUGGGAGUGUAGACAGCGCAUGCUGGCCCGAGAGGAGAGACAUCGCAGGAGGAUAGAGGAGGACCGUUUGCGCCCUCCAUCGCCUCCUCCCAUCGUGCACUACUCCGAGCAUGAGUGCAGUCAGCUUGGGGAAAAAAUCAAAGACGACUCCAAGUUUCCUGAAGCGGUGCGCGUCUUGCUGACCUGGGUGGAGCGAGGUGAGGUGAACCGGAGAAAUGCCAACAAUUUCUACUCCAUGAUCCAGUCCUCCAACAGCCACAUCCGCCGACUCAUGAAUGAGAAAGCUGCCCACGAGAAGGAGAUGGAGGAGGCCAAGGAGAAGUUUAAAAAUGCUCUUGCUGGCAUCCUAGUACAAUUUGAGCAGAUUGUGUCUGUAUUCCGCGCUGCUUCCAAACAAAAGGCAUGGGACCAUUUCUCCAAAGCCCAACGCAAGAACCUGGACAUGUGGCGCAAGCAAGCUGAGGAGAUCAGAAACAUUCAUAACGAUGAGCUGAUGGGCAUCCGGAGAGAAGAGGAAAUGGAGAUGUCAGAUGAUGACAUGGAGGACGCUCCAGACAGCAAAGACUCUGAUGACUCAGGCCCUCUAGCACAGGUGGAGGCCUUAAAGGAGGAAAACGACAGUCUGAGAUGUCAGCUGGAUGCCUACAGGAAUGAGGUGGAGCUGCUGAAACAAGAGCAGGGCAAAGCUCAGCCACAGCGCAGUGACGAGGACACCACCCGCCAGCAACAGCUCAGCUUCCUGCAGCAGGCUCUGCAGGGGAUGCAAAAGCAAUUGCUGAAGAUUCGAGAAGAGCUGAAACAGAGAGAAGCUGAGCUGGAGAAGAGCACAGAAGAGAAACGACAACUAGAAAGCCAAAUGCAGAGCCUUAAAGAUCAAAUACAAGCCUUUCCAACGUCACACACACUGCCUUUGGAGACAGCGGAGCGGGAUGACAGAGGCAGUGAAGAAAGUGUGAAUCAAGCUUGUGAGGCGGCAGCAUCAGCAGUAGUGUCAUGUAGUCAGGAGAAGGAGAGUCUGCCAGAAAAGGGACCGCCCAGUCCUGUUCAGUCUGAGAGGGAGGCCUUGCUCGUGGGAAUCAUUUCAACUUUCCUUCACGUCCAUCCGUUUGGAGCCAGCAUCGAGUACAUCUGCUCCUACUUGCAGCGCCUUGACACCAAGAUUAGUGCCAUGGAGGUGGAGGCCCUGUUGGGUCGGCUGCCCUGCACCUUCAGACAGGAGCUGACUGGAGUGGGCGCCAGUCUGGAGAAACGCUGGAACUUCUGCGGCUUUGAGGGGAUCAAGACAGUGUAGAGAUGAGACAUCUUCUGGUCGUCCAGGAAAAGACCUGUGGAUGGAAAAGCUCUUAACCUGCCAGUUGUCCGCUUUGCAUCUGCCUACCCUCUAGAAUUUCCCCUGGAAAUCUUAGAGGAAAAACUCCAGCCUCAGAGCUCCAAGAGCCUGGACUGCGUGUGUGUGUGUGUGGCGUGUUUGUGUUCACAUGAACGGACUGGCCUAUCUCACCCACACAUGAGG